AUGAACACCCUCCGCACACUGUUUGCCCCGAUUAACGGUGGUAGUUCCGCCAUGAAAAUGGUGCUGGUGGUACGGUCGGAUUUGGGUUUGAAGAAGGGCAAAAUUGCGUCCCAGUGUUCCCAUGCGGCUGUUCUUUGCUGCAUGCGGGCAUCAGCCGGAGCGACCGGUAAGAUCAAACUAGACACGUGGUUAAUGCAGGGCCAACCGAAGAUUGUGCUUAGGGUAGAAAGUUUGCAGGAGAUGCAUUUAUUGACGGAACGGGCCGAAGCUAUCGGUGUGAUUGCCGAGAUAGUACGAGAUGCCGGCAGAACACAGGUCGCAAGCGGAACGGAAACUGUGCUAGGACUGGGCCCAGAUCAUAGGGAAGCGAUAGAUUCAUUAGUGGGCAGUUUGAAAUUGCUGUAGUUAUCUGUAAAUGAUGUGUUCAAUAAGUAGAUUAACCAAUUCUAAAUGUUA